UGAUUUUUGUGUCGGUAUCGAAUUUCAAGACCGGUUUUGGGUUUCACUAAACGAAAGGAAUCGACGGCACAGCAGUACUAAUAAUAUAGACGUCGCAUAUUUAUAGACGAUAAUAAAUUUUCGCGAAAAUCCUCGGAAAAUGUUUUAACUACGGCCAUCUUAUCAAUAUCAACGGCCACAGCUUGGAUGUAACUAUUUAAUUGUGCAACUAAAAUGAAAUGGUGAGAGGAAUUUAGACGAAGAGAGGUGCAUUGUGUGCAAAGGCAUUCUCAUGGCAGCAGUAUUCGAAGGACAGCAUGUAUGUGCUACAUGUUCGCGUAGCAUUAGUGGUGUUUUCCAGUUUACUAUCCACGCCGACAAAGUGACUUCUACCGUGAUAGCAGGAACUGUGGUCACACUAAGCGGAAUAUAUGCGAUAUACCAGUAUAAAUCACGUCAACUUAAACUGACAAUGAAGGGGGCUAUUGAUAAAGGCCUUGGUGGGGAGAGAGAAGACCAGGAAGUCAGCGACAUCCUACCAGGAAAGCUUCAUGUUGCACUGCAAUGUUUCACGGGCAAAAGAUUCCUGGAAGUUUUAGACGAUUUUAAAUCGGGUAGAAUAAAAGAACGCUUGGAAAAGGAGUUUUUGGAUAUUGGCAUUGAAACGGAAGAAUUGGUGGUUGAAAUAAGAAACAUUGAAGAAGUAGAAGAAAGAGCAGCGGCGAUUGUCACGAGUACUAUGGAGAAAUCAGAAGAUGAAAAUCUACGAAAGAAACCAAGGGAAUGUGCAAAGUGUGUGCACGCAAAAAAUUCUGGGAAACCCGAGAAUAUCGAUUCUGAGAAUUAUUCUUCAAUUAGUGAAUUUGAGGUUCCAAGAAAUGGAGACAAUGGAAAAGUACACAAAAAGAAAAACGUUCAGAGAGAUCCUGAACACUCACUUUCUACAGAGUAUUUGGAAAUUGGGCAUACCAGUGAUUCAAAGAGUGGUAUGAGCUGUAAAUUUUUUAUAGCUAUAGCGCUUAAAAAUUUCCUAAAUGCCUAAUUAAUUUGUCAUUCAAAAGCGGUUUUGCCUACCAAUUGCUGGAAGGAAUAAUAGAGCAUUUUUUUGCUUUUAUUGCGAAUUUAUCCCAAGGAACUCGUUCUCACUUGAUCUCUAGCAUUUUUAUAUCUGAUUAGAAGACUGGCA